AUGGAUCUGGCGGAGAAGCGGAAGCAACUGGAGGCCCUACGCGCCGCCCGGCAAGCGAAGCAGCAGUUAGUGGAGCAGUACAUCUCUGGCCGCUCCUCAAACCCCAAUGGUAGCCCAACGUCCUCGACGUCCUUGUCGAGGAGUGCCCUUUCUUUGGCACCUCCUGCCAUUGCUGCUGCUGGCGACUCAGUGGCAGUGACAGGCACCUUGGCCUCGCCAAGGUCGGCACGACCACCGUCGCUUCGUAGCCGCAGCGGUGGGGGGCGACUGUCUGUAUCGUCGACUCGCGGCCCCGCUGUCACCGCCAAAGCUGCCGCUCCUUCUGCGGCCUCAUCGCCUGUCACGUCGGCUUCGCCGACUACCCCGGCUGCGCAGAGGGCGCGCCCGACAACCCCGAGUAGGCAAACCGCUCCCUCGCAGGCGCAAGCUGCCCCCGCCGACGGGGGCGUUGCACCUCGAUCGAUUCGCCUGGUGUCAGUCAACAAGGAGAGCACGGUGACGCACGCUGCCGUAGCCGGCUUCUCCGCCGCUUCUCCAAACGCGUGCCCUGCUGUUGGGCCGCUUCACGGAUCAGCUCUGCCGCCGGUUACCUCAAGGGCCGCCGGUGCGCCUCCAACGGAGGAAGGACUGGCCGCCUAUGGGGGCUGGGGCUUCCUGCGAAAGUGUAUGCGUGUCCCGGCGCGGGAUGCCACCGGGGCUGCGGUGACACAACCCGUCUGUAUCUUCAACCCUUCUGUGCUUCUCGGUGAUGUAGCCGGAUCGGUCGAGAGUAGCCGCCGACGCGUCGUCUUGGACUCCACCUCGUGCCUCGUACCCUACGACGGCGCGGCUGCCGGCCAGCGACUCGGCGACGCUGCCAUGAUGACCUCGCCUACGGUGUGGUCGGUGUGCGUGGCAGCGGCCUACGGAUCGUGCGAAUCUCCCGCUGUAACGGGUGGCGGCAAUGCCGGUGAGCUUUCCAUGAACAUGCGCUGCCAUGGCAGCACCGAUCCAGCAGGGCCGGAGAAUCGUAUGGGCGCCAGCGCGCUGGAUCCGUUGCUCAUGCUCAGCACCGGUGGCACCCCCGUCGGGACGUCCCAGCAGCGUGCACGUGCGGCUGCCAGGCCGGCGACCGGUGCCGCCGCCGCCGCCGCUGCGGCUGCUGCGAGGGUGCGUGCCUCCAUGGAUUGCGGGUAUCCGUGGGGCUCCGCCUCCGCCGCACCGUCGGCUGUGCCGGGCACCACGACGGAGUCGGCCCUGAAGGUGGCGAAGGAGUCGCCGGGACUUGUGCUGGCGUGGUUCCUCGUGCCUAUGCCUGCCAACACGAUUCCCCGAAAGGAGGGCUCCUUUGCCGGGACUACAGCGGCUCCUGGUAGCGGGUUCGUCAGCUGCGUCAGCGGCGACAUAACAGCGACGCCCGAGUACGUGGUGAUUGUGCUCCCUCUCGUGUGCGACUCGGAGGUGAUGACAUUGCUCGCCCAUCCAUUGCAGCCGUCGACACUGCUCGGUGGAACCCGGUGUGGCCGGAUUGUGCAGUGGUCGAUUGGGCAGGCGUGGGCACAGGUUGAACCACGCCGGCUACUGGAGCGGGCGCUGGCGACGACGGGCACCACGACGACUCUGCUACUCCCGCCACAGCGACCUGCCCACUCGUCGUUUCCGUCUCCCCAGGCACACCAGGCGCCGGUGUUGCGCAUGGCCGUUCACGGCGACGCCAGCUGUCACCACCUUUACUCCAUCAGCCAAGAGGGCAAGGUGUGCACGUGGACAGCAUCGCAGCCACUGCACCCAGCGGCGUCCUGCCUGUCGUACCUCGGCAUUCGGCCAAUGGGCUGUAUUGGGGUGACGGCGCAGUUCGUGGAGCGGGCCGGCACAGACGCCAUGACGAAGGUUUUCAUUGGCACCACCUCUGGUGCUCUCCUCGUCGGCACGAACAGGGACGCAAAGUCGAUCGAGCUUCAGUACUACGGGCCGCCACGCGCGCUGCCCACCUCAUCGACUGUUAUUAGGACACUUGAUGUCACCGCCACGCCAGCCUACCCGAGCGGUGUAGCAGCAGCAGCCUCUACGACUUCGUUCCGUGACAGCGCAGGGACGGCGGCGCCGACUUGUUCGACAGCCUCGCCCAACCAUCCCACCGGCGCUGAGGCUUCUGCUGCUCCUGAGCAAAGCGGUCAAUACCGCCUCACCGCGACGUCCUCGCAGUCAGCAGCGACUGCCGCGGUGGCGCGCCGUGUCCAGCCUGCGGCACUGCACCCGCACCGAGGUCGCAUCGUUUCGAUGGCUUUGCAGACGGCGACCCACGGCCUGCGGGGUCGUGACUGUGUUGUCUCGGCGGCGACGGACGGCAGCUGCGUCGCCUGGUUUGACCGCUCUGUCAUCCCUCUCGAAGGCUUCUCCUCGGCCGUAACGAGCGUCUGCUGGUCGCCGACGAAGCAAGGGGUCCUUGCCGCUGGUGACGCCAGUGGACUGGUUACCGUGUGGGCUGUGAACACGAGCAUCAUUACCCCUGUGGUGACCGUGUCGCUGCGUGAAGCGGGCCACCGCGCUCGCGGCAACGCGUCAUCGGACGGGGUGCUGUGGGUGGUGUCAGGGGCGAGCGACGCAGGUGCUGGAGCUGGCGGCGGCACCGCCGGUGGUGGUACCUUCGGCUUUGGGAGUGACGACGAUGAGGCCGACGCCGUCGACGGAGAGGAGGUGGGUGCUUCGCUGGGUGAGGCUGACGUGGUCGGCUCCGCCAUCUCCUCGGUCUUCUUCUCUCGCGACGGGCAGUGGCUAUUCGCGAGUACUGCGAGAGGCUACGUCCACACACUGCACUUGGGCGUGUCGCUGGCGUAG